AUGGUGGUUGAACCUCCAGAUCUAUUUUUUCUCAAAACUACAAAAUCUAAACCUGCACAAGAGAAUCCAACUCAGAUUGCAAAAUCGCGUAAGGAAGUUGCAGCUCCAUCCGUAGAACAUGAGUAUGGGGAGCUACUGGUUCCACUUGAGCGUCAAGCUAAGUCUGCAAAUCCACCCAAAAUGUCAUUACAGCCUUUGAAUCAGGAACUCACCAUAUCUUCUCAGCCUUCUGGUUGGCCUCACCGCCCUCCAUAUUCAAAUGAGCCUGGGCACCCUAUACCAGGAAAGAUUUAUCUUCAUUAUGCAGAACCUCCCAAGGGAAUGGUAGUUGAACCUCCAGAUCUGUUUUUUCUCAAAACUACAAAAUCUAAACCUGGAUGGGAGACCCCACCCCAGAUUGCAAAAUCACCUACUGAGGUUGGAGGUGAAAUGCUAGAAUAUGAGGAUGGGGUGCUUUCAGGUUCAAUUGAAAGUCAAGCUGAGUCUGCAACUUUACCCAAUAUAUCAUUACAGCCUUUGGAUCAGGAACUCACCCUAUCUUCUCAACCUUCUGGUUGGCCUCACCGCCCUCCAUAUUCAAAUGAGCCUGGGCACCCUAUACCAGGAAAGAUUUACCUUCAUUAUGCAGAACCUCCCAGGGGCAUGGUGGUUGAACCUCCAGAUCUAUUUUUUCUCAAAACUACAAAAUCUAAACCUGCACAAGAGAAUCCAACUCAGAUUGCAAAAUCGCGUAAGGAAGUUGCAGCUCCAUCCAUAGAACAUGAGUAUGGGGAGCUACUGGUUCCACUUGAGCGUCAAGCUAAGUCUGCAAAUCCACCCAAAAUGUCAUUACAGCCUUUGAAUCAGGAACUCACCAUAUCUUCUCAGCCUUCUGGUUGGCCUCACCGCCCUCCAUAUUCAAAUGAGCCUGGACACCCUAUACCAGGAAAGAUUUAUCUUCAUUAUGCAGAACCUCCCAGGGGAAUGGUAGUUGAACCUCCAGAUCUGUUUUUUCUCAAAACUACAAAAUCUAAACCUGGAUGGGAGACCCCACCCCAGAUUGCAAAAUCACCUACUGAGGUUGGAGGUGAAAUGCUAGAAUAUGAGGAUGGGGUGCUUUCAGGUUCAAUUGAAGGUCAAGCUGAGUCUGCAACUUUACCCAAUAUAUCAUUACAGCCUUUGGAUCAGGAACUCACCCUACCUUCUCAACCUUCUGGUUGGCCUCACCGCCCUCCAUAUUCAAAUGAGCCUGGGCACCCUAUACCAGGAAAGAUUUACCUUCAUUAUGCAGAACCUCCCAGGGGAAUGGUGGUUGAACCUCCAGAUCUAUUUUUUCUCAAAACUACAAAAUCUAAACCUGCACAAGAGAAUCCAACUCAGAUUGCAAAAUCGCGUAAGGAAGUUGCAGCUCCAUCCAUAGAACAUGAGUAUGGGGAGCUACUGGUUCCACUUGAGCGUCAAGCUAAGUCUGCAAAUCCACCCAAAAUGUCAUUACAGCCUUUGAAUCAGGAACUCACCAUAUCUUCUCAGCCUUCUGGUUGGCCUCACCGCCCUCCAUAUUCAAAUGAGCCUGGACACCCUAUACCAGGAAAGAUUUAUCUUCAUUAUGCAGAACCUCCCAGGGGAAUGGUAGUUGAACCUCCAGAUCUGUUUUUUCUCAAAACUACAAAAUCUAAACCUGGAUGGGAGACCCCACCCCAGAUUGCAAAAUCACCUACUGAGGUUGGAGGUGAAAUGCUAGAAUAUGAGGAUGGGGUGCUUUCAGGUUCAAUUGAAGGUCAAGCUGAGUCUGCAACUUUACCCAAUAUAUCAUUACAGCCUUUGGAUCAGGAACUCACCCUAUCUUCUCAACCUUCUGGUUGGCCUCACCGCCCUCCAUAUUCAAAUGAGCCUGGGCACCCUAUACCAGGAAAGAUUUACCUUCACUAUGCAGAACCUCCCAGGGGCAUGGUGGUUGAACCUCCAGAUCUAUUUUUUCUCAAAACUACAAAAUCUAAACCUGGAUGGGAGACCCCACCCCAGAUUGCAAAAUCACCUACCGAGGUUCGAGGUAAAACGCUAGAAUAUGAGGAUGGACUGCUCUCAGGUUCAACUGAAGGUCAAGCUGAGUCUGCAACUCUACCCAAUUUGUCAUUACAGCCUUUAGAUCAGGAACUCACUUUAUCUUCUCAACCUUCUGGUUGGCCUCACCGCCCUCCAUAUCCAAAUGAGCCUGGACACCCUAUACCAGGAAAGAUUUACCUUCACUAUGCAGAACCUCCCAGGGGGAUGGUAGUUGAACCUCCAGAUCUGUUUUUUCUCAAAACUACAAAAUCUAAACCUGUACAGGAGAAUCCAGCUCUGAUUCCCAAAUCACUUAAGGACGUUGGAGCUCCUACCUUAGAAUAUAAGGAGGGGGUGCUUCUGGCUCCAGUUGAGCGUCAAGCUAAGUCUGCAAAUCCACCCAAAAUGUCAUUACAGCCUUUCGAUCAGGAACUCACCCUAUCUUCUCAGCCUUCUGGUUGGCCUCGCCGCCCUCCAUAUCCAAAUGAGCCUGGACACCCUACACCAGGAAAGAUUUACCUUCAUUAUGCAGAACCUCCCAGGGGAAUGGUAGUUGAACCUCCAGAUCUGUUUUUUCUCAAAACUACAAAAUCUAACCCUGUGCGGAAGACCCCUUUUGAUCAG